AUGGCCGCUUGGUUAGGGUUGGAGCGCGAGGAUGGGGCCUGGACCGUUACAGACAGCAGCGCCAUGCGGCGGAUCAUUGACAGGAUAGAUGACCCUCCCAGUCAGUAUCCCUCCAUGCAGUUAUUUGUUGGACGAACAGCCAAGGCGCAGGCGCUCCGAUCACUCUAUCCGUAUAACAAUAUCAGUCGACAUCAGAAACACGGCUUUGCCCGGCUGCAUCUGUCCAGCGGAGCCUCGUCCCAUCCGCUAUUAUUCAUCGAAAGCAGUCUCGCCCCAGAGGCUAAGCCCUGGCAACCCCAGCAGGAACCACUCCGCCGGCACCACCUCCCAAACACCCAAGAUCACACGUGCCAGGACGUCCAGGUACUGCUGUAUCAACGCCUCCUGCUCCCGCUGGUGGACACGGUGUGUCUCUUUGCGGCCGAUUUCGGGGGCGUUCGGCGAGUCCAACACCUUCUGGAGUCGUGGGAUCCGUUGUCGCUGGCGGGUCUUGAUGGCAAAGGACUCUUCCGUCCACGCUUGGUAGUCGUCCUGACCGACGCCGGGGACGAUCCGGUUAACGUGGAGGCGAUGGAAAACGCACUGCAGGCCACGGUCGUCCCCCGCCUAGUCGCAUCUGUAUCGAUGGUAGACCUGCGGGAUCGAUGUCCGCUGUCCCCGCUCAGUCGUUUUGAGCCCCUCCGGCAACGGCUGUCGCGGGAGAUGGACGAGGCACGCGUCGCGCGGUCCAAGGCGCAUCUACUCUUCUCUGCUGUCCACCUGGAGUGGAUCUUCCGGAGGCUGCUACAGCAUAUCGCACAAGCGCCCUCGUCGCCAUUCGAUUGCAUCAAUGCCUGUCGUCCAAAGCAGACUGGCAGCGAUGAGACCAUCCAAUACCUGGGGAUCUUUUUAGGCGUUGCCGAACAGGUCCACAUCCCGCCCACUUCCAUGGCGACCUUCAUCGCAUCAGCUUACCUCAUGGAUGCAUACCCGCCGGGAAUGCACGGUAAGUGGUAUCAGACCAACCGCGCGCCCAUCGUGGCGUGCGUCGUGGGUAGGGAGCGCUUACUGAUCGAUGCAGGAUUCGACCCGGUCAUGAUGUACCGGAGCCUCUAUGGCGGGCCCUGCAAGGCUGCGUGUGCCGCGUCUUCGUACGCCGGGAGGCACGGCCUCCAUCACGAUAUCGAACGAGAGUUCGUGUCGCUGUUUCCCGCCAUCGCCAUGGCUGGCGGCCGGUCCGCGCGGGUUCGGCGGGACACAUUCCGGAACGAGGCGUCGGUCUGGUCGACGGUCAAAUCGAAUCAUGUCUGUCUGUUCUGUCUGCGGCGCCCUCCGGAGCACGUCCUGCCCUGCGGGCAUACCAUUUGCGAUAUUUGCGCGUGCAUCUUUGGCAGGCGCGGCGCGGGGGCAGAAUACCACAUAGAGCUGACCUCCUGCCCGGCCUGCCAGAGGCGUUUCACUUUCACCGUCCGCUUGCUCCCACCGACCAAACGGCCCACCAUCCUGGUCUUGGACGGUGGAGGUGUCCGUGGUGUGGUCACGCUCGGUUUCUUGAAAGCCCUCGAGGAUCAGAUCGGUGGCGCACGGGGGCUGCGCGAAGCAUUCGACCUCACGUUGGGAACCAGUGCCGGUGCCGUCAUCACAUCCGAGCUGAUGGUCCGCGGUGCGUGUGUCAGCGAGGCCCACCCCAAAUUCGAAGCCCUGGCGCGGCAGAUCUUUCCCCCACGACCCCGUUGGCACACGGUUUUGGGGCAAUCGUGGGACUGGCUGACGACCUGGUUGGCCGACAGCCGGUACGAUUCGGGUGUCCUAGAUCAAACCCUGCUGGAAGCUUUUGGGCCCUGCCGUCAACUGUUCGAUACCCCCGUGUCCCUGAUGUCCGGCAUCCGAGUGGCCCUAACAGCCAGCCAGGUUGAAAACGGUUCGCUCUGUCUGUUCUCCAACUACCGGGCGGCUGGCCGCUCUGGCUCGCCAUCUGCCUAUAAAGUAUUAAUACCGGAGAAAGAGCCUUUUUUAUGGGAAAUCGCACGAUGCAGUGUGGCUGCCCUAGGGUAUUUCACGCCGAAACACCUUCCGGGAAUUGGCACCCUGCAGGACGGCGGGGUCCGGGCCAAUUGCCCACUCCGAGUCGCCCUCCGCGAGAGUGAGAUCAUCUGGCCCUCGGCCCAGAGACCGGACCUUGUGGUAAGCAUCGGCACCGGCUAUGCAGCGGAGGCAUCGACCUCCCCAACCGACAACCCGGGCCGUCUGCUGCGGGACCGCUUCCUCGAGAGGGCCGUCCGGACUUUUCUAUCCUCGCCGGCGGUCGACGGCCGACGAGGCUGGCAGGACGCCUUGGACAGCAUCCCCGAGACCGUCCGGCGGGAUACGUUCCGCCUCGACCGCAGGAUCGCGGGGAAGUUACCUGAGCUCGAUGACGCACGUGCGCUGGGCGAACUAGGUGAGUUUGACUACCGCAUCCCUGAGGAGCUCACCCGGGCUUGGCUGGCCAAAUCGUUCUUCUUUGAACUAGACGAGGAGCCCACCAUGGCCCACGGGCACUACGAGUGCCGUGGGUCGAUCCUAUGUUGUAAGUAUGGUGCAGCAGGCAUCCUCCAGCAGAUCACAUCCCUGUUCCCAGGUGCACGCGUCGAGUUCUCUGACGGCACCAACCUCGGAGCGCUCGAUGACCACCAGGGUUGCUCUACUUGUGGUUACUAUCGGAAGCGCAUCUCCCUCCGCGUUUCCAGCGUGCACGAGACCAUAGAGCUCAGGGUCCGGGACAACACCGGGUGCGUCGCCAUCGGCGGCUUUCCAACGUCCAUCCACGAUCUCCUGGACAGACAACAGACCGACUGCCCAUUUGGGCGAGCUGACCAUCGCAGUGACCUUUGGCCUCCUGUGCGUCAGUGCUACUGCACGGGCCGGAAGCGAUCGCGCGCAUCCAUGCAGACCGAGAGAUCGUCCAAGAGACGACGGCUCUAG